CACACAUCCGCUAUUCUGCAUCAGUAUUGUCUGACUACCAAGAGCAGGGAGAUCCAGCGAAAUGGCCAACGUCCUUAGGAUUGGCCUUCUCCUGGCAACUUUAAGCCUGAUCACUAUUUGGGUGCAACCUUCUGACGCGGAUGAAGUGAAAAAGAAACGAGUUAUAAUCAAAGUUCCUACGAGAAUAAAGCAUGUAUACCAUCAUCACACUAAAAAGAUCCAUAUACAUAAGAAGAAGCCGAAGACGAAACCUCAUUCAAUUCACGUCGUACACGUCGAGGACGAAAUUGAUGUCCACCCUAAGGAAUCGUGGAAAUCCAUUACGUGGAAGGCUAAAGGCGGUAAAAGCAAGAAGAUGAAGAAUACCAAGUGGAACAGUCAUCAGAGCUUCGAGUGGAAAACACCUAAGGGCUUCAGUUCGUCGGAGGAAAGCGGCGAGAGCCUGGCUGGAGAAGCUAGCAGAAUAAAGGAGGACUACUCUUUAGGCAGCGGCGAAGAAGGCUACGGACGCUGGUACGACGAUGUAGAAUACAGCAAAAAAAAAGGAAGCAAGCCCAGAAAGGUACGGGCGAAAUCAAAGGGAAUAAUAAACCAUUACGACUAUGACGAAUCUCUCUACGAAGAUAGCUACAUCGAUGAAGAUUUUAGAAGACCACACAAAAAACCUACUCGUAAAGCCAAGUACAACAAAUACAAGGAAAGGAUGCAUAAAAAGUUGCAUAAGAGGCCGAAAUACGAGGAAAUCUAUAUAAGCGAGGACUACGACGACGGUUACGGUAAAGGGGUAUGGCCGGAAAGAAAAGAGCAUCCCAGUUGGCACCAAAAGACGAAGAAGGAGUGGGUCCCGUCGGCCCCGGCUGUCAGCGAGGAACCCGAAGAAAUGCAGGCAAUGCACCAACAGAACUACAUGCCGUACCAAACCAAUUAUUAUGAUGGGUCUUUGAAGGGGACUGAAUGGAUCGGUCUUCCCGCACCAUCAACGAAGCUGUUUGUGAAACCAGUAGUUGUCCCUUCUGUCAAACAGGCCACGGGACCUCCCGCCGGGUCCGGCUAUCACAGCAAAGUGUCACAAGGUGACGAUGGUUUAUCAGUCGGCUACCAAUCGCACGUCGGCCAUAGCAACGAUUUCAACCAGCCAUCCUCCAGCUUUCAGUCCGUUACUUUCGGGGAUAUGCCCAAACAUAGAUAAACACGUUUUGGCCUACGGAGGGAUGAAAAGUUCGUGUUUGAAUAUUAUGAAUUUCCGCAUUCGGAAGAGGAAAAGGAGUUUCAGGUGGCGUAUCCGCUCACGGUUCGUCAUCGCAUAUUAAAAAUUACGUCUCGAUAAUUCUUUUACCGCCCUAUUUAACAUAAUGAGAUCGGCUGGGAUUCUUUUAACUUUUCAAUUCUGUUAACUUAUUGAAACCGAAACGACUCAACCGAUCAAGACAAAGUGAAGGUGAAACUAUAUUUAUUUAAGGAUUCAAUUGAGCUCUAAAUGUAGAGAGCUGUAUACUACUGGACUGCAGAGGCCACAUAUAUUUGUAAAUAAUGUAUUGCACAUGUUAAUAACGCACUAGUUAUGUUAAAGUACUUAUGAUGUACAACUUUUAUAAAGGGAUAAUGUUAUAGUUUAUUUUCUUGAUUAAUUCUCUACGUUAAUCCAAAUUUAAAGGUAAAACGUAGGUAAAAGCUAAUAUUCAAAGAUGUAAAAUUGUAAAUUUUCUCUUGAAAAUUGAGUAAACCAAUAAAAACAAA